AUGGGUGCCGUGAGAGGCAGGCUCCUGGUUCGGGUCUGAACUGUUCAUAAAUAGUGGGAAUAUAAUGUAAUUGGCACCAACCAUGGGCGUGGAUAGCGUACCUUCGCGGCCGACACUGCAGCUGGAAGCAGGAUCGGGGGAUGGUCCAGGUCCUCCGAUGAACAACAACACUGACGGCGCCGUGGCCAGUCCCCCCAGAGAUGAUAACCACAACCCAGACCCAGCGACGCCGAGAGCCACGCAAAUUACACCCUCAGAAGUACUGAAACUAUACGGCGACCGGCUAUCAGAAUGGGAGAGGACGGAAGUGCGAAAAUAUCCAGAAAUAUGGUUCCUGGGACUAGAGGCGAAUAAAGUCCAGGCGAGAUCCAACCUGCCCAAUAAUUGUGGGUUUGAUGACGAAAACGGCAGUUACAAUAAACAAAUCCACGAUCACAUAGCCUAUAGAUACGAAAUUCUGGAAGUGAUCGGUAAGGGUUCAUUCGGACAAGUUAUAAGAGCGUUGGAUUACCGCACCGGAAACCAGGUCGCAAUCAAAAUCAUCAGAAACAAGAAACGGUUUCAUCAUCAGGCCCUCGUGGAAGUGAGAGUUCUGGAUCAUUUGCGGUUAAAGGACAAAGACCAAUCGCACAAUGUCAUCCACAUGCUGGACUACUUCUACUUCAGAAACCAUUUGUGUAUAAGCUUCGAGCUCAUGAGCAUUAAUCUGUACGAGCUGAUCAAAAAGAACAACUACCAGGGGUUCAGUCUCAGUCUCAUCAGACGAUUUGCCAACUCUCUGCUUCGCUGUCUCCGGUUACUGGAGGCCGAGAAUAUCAUUCAUUGCGAUUUGAAACCUGAGAACAUCUUGCUGAAGGCUCGAGGCAGUUCCUCCAUCAAGGUCAUAGACUUUGGUAGUUCGUGUUACACGCACGAGCGAGUCUACACCUACAUACAGUCCCGCUUCUAUCGCAGCCCUGAGGUCAUCCUCGGACUGCAAUACGGAACCCCUAUUGAUAUGUGGAGCAUGGGUUGUAUCCUCGCCGAGCUCCGUACGGGGUAUCCAUUAUUUCCGGGAGAGAAUGAGACCGAACAGCUGGCCUGCAUCAUGGAACUGCUGGGUCCGCCUCCGCCCGACCUGCUUCUACACGCCACAAGAAAACGUCUGUUCUUUGACUCAAAGGGCUGUCCUCGCUCGGUGACCAACUCUAAGGGUCGCAAGCGUCGUCCGGGGUCCCGAGCGCUGGCUGCUGCGGUCCGCUCCGACGACCCCGCCUUUCUGCACUUCCUUCAUCGAUGUCUUGAGUGGGAUCCAAAGAGACGUAUUACGCCUACGGAGGCUUCUCGUCAUGAGUUUGUUAUGGGCUGUGCUUUGGGCAGUACUCCGUCGGGAGUUUUGGCUCUCCCUCGUCUCCCGCCGCCCCGACCAGCUCGGACAGCUCUCCUGCACUCACAGUCAGCCGGCGACGUGGCCGCCAUGUUAGGGCGGGCGUGACCUAAGGACUCCAGACUCAGAAUCGGUUCCAGUGGCCUGCCAUAAAAACUUCUUUCGAUUCAAACCUCAUUUCUGUCAUUUCUAAACGUUUUUCGAGCCCGGAACGAAUUCUGAUGCAAUGGCGAAAGGUACGCAGGACCAAAACUUCUGAAUCAUCUUAGUGUUACGAUAUAUUUUAUUUCAGAUAUUCAUUGCUCAACCACGUGUCCCAAUUAUAAGAAGCACGAUAUUUCAUAGCUACCUCUUACUUUGACGAUUCUUAGUUUUCGAUAGCUUCAGAGUUUAAACUCAACUGACGUUACAUUUACAUAACUAUAUACAUUUUCAAAAUGAAGUAUUGGAUGUGGGAACGUUGCGUCUAUACUGUACCGGGUCUAUGAUCUAUCUUCAUCGCGAUCAGGCUAUGAAUUAUCAUCUAUACUCUGUUCCGCACUACUUAUCAGCGCCGGCGGGAGGCUUGCGCAAUAACUCUUUACAUAUCGAAGUGGUUAUACGGUUUUGUAGUAACACUGUGAUAACGUCAGGAUUGUUAAGUGGGUCUUAAGAAAUGUGCCAAAAAUAACGAGCCCUCUUAAUAAGAUGUUUCCAUAUCUAAAAUUACAACGAAUGUUUAGCUUUCAGUAAAGAGUAUUCCUUUAAAAAUACAUGGCUCGAUUAAAAUAUAUAUUCUUUAAUAAGUUUCAAUGCUUCUAAAAUAAAAUCCGUUUAAUAUCAUCAAUAUAUCAUUAGAUUAGUAAAGUGACUUACUUAAAGUACAAGAUGAUGAUACGCCACGGCCGUUCAUAACUUUAAAAACGAAUACUGGGAUGUACACUUUUUAAUUUAUAGACAGGACAUCAUUAUAAUAUAUUAUUUUUUUGUACCCACCGUUAAAUUUUUUUUUCUAUAUCUCUUCAAUCUUUUCCAGCUAUUUUACUUUAUUUCUUUUAUUAUUUAUUUAAUAACAAUCUAGUCAAAGGUUUCUGUUACGAUUCCUGAAUGUCUUCAUAUAAUUUAAUAGAGACAUAAGCGUUUAUUAUGAAUGUUUAUAGAAUGUGAUCGUGUAGGUUUUGUAAUCUUAGAUAGACAAUACUUAUCGUUAAUUAAGGUUUCGUGUUAAGAUCUCAAAGUAGUUAAGUGUAUAGUUUGCCAAAAUAACGGUUCUAUGUAUAAUUCUGAUUGUAUAAUAUUUCUUUGGAAGUAAAUGCGUUUCAUCCGUCUUGAUUGUCUCAUUGUCUUUCAUCAGCUGCCGUGUCCUUUUAUGAGUUACUGUUUAAGCUUAUUGUAUGUUAAAAAUUGUGUGUUUGUAGCAAAUUUUAUAAUAAUAAUUAAUUAAAUGUUUGAAAAUAGUUGCUGCCAUUUGUUACGUAUGAAAAAAUAAUGUAACUGUCAAGUCACGAUCAGUUUAACGUUUGCUUCACAAAUCUUAAAGUUAUUUAUUCAUCUGUUUAACUUCAUCCAGUCAGCCUGGUCAGUAGUAUAGUCGUCUGUAACCUUAUUUUAAGAUGUAAAUAACCUAGUUUUACGUUAGAGAAUGUGUCUCGGCGGAGCCAAACGGAAUCAAUAACUUUAUACUGUUAGAUUUCGAUUAGAUUUCGACGAGUUUCCAUUGUUGGAACAUGAUUUGUAAAGAUUAUAAUAUAUAUUACAUUAAUUAUAUAUGUUAAUUAUUUAUCAACAAAAAUCUCUUGUCUUAUAUAAUUUCACAAAAUCGUAAUGUACUAUAAUUACGUAUUAUUCUCGACGUUGUAAAACCGUACGGUAUUAUAUCGUUAUCAUAUAAUGGAAACAUGCAAACAUUAUUGGACUGAUACUGCCCGGGGUACUUUCAAUUUAGUAGCAUUUGACCAUUUACGAAGUAGCCCUUAAGCCGAACGUAUUAAGGCACACAACUUCAACUAUGUGAAAGGAGCUAUUGCCUAAUACAGCUUUGUAGGAAACCAUACAGGAGAUUAAUUUUCAAUGCAAAACUUUUCAUUAUUAUCUCAAUUUGGAUAACCUUGUUUACUUGCUGUCUCUAAAUUAUAUGACAUGCUCCGAUGUAAUAUAACUUUCUCUCUCACAUAACAGACUAGAUAUAGCUGUAUCGUCACUUUUAUACUAUAUAUUUUCUAAGUCUGGUUGGCCUAUUCUAUGUAAAAUGAUAACUAUUUGAACCCCUCGACGUACCUGUGUGGUCGGUCAAGUAAUUUAGCGACAUGUAUUAAUUGUAUUAGAUUUAGAAGAAUGGUUGUUAUAUUUAUCAUUAUAUUGUAAAAUGGAAUGUUUCGUUUUAAAUGUAGAUAUUGGGUAAUAAAUUCUUCCA